AUGACGCCGGCAGAGCUGGUAAACACUAAACAGGAGAAGGAUGAAACCCUAAGAGCGUUCAUGCAAAGGUACAACGAGGCUGCAAGACGAGUGAAAGACGCGAAUCACACUUUCGUCAUUAGCAAUUUGCCCUCAUGUUUAAAACCAGGAUAUUUUGCUGAACAACUGUAUGCCGAGCCACCAAAAUCUAUGGAAGAAAUGCAGGAAACGAUCGCUAAAUUUAUACGUAUCGAGGACCUAAGGAACUCAAGGAGAAAGCAACAACAAGAAGUCCCCACCAACGGGAAUAAGAAGGAGGCGAAGCGAUCAUCUAACGACAACAAAGGGCAAAAGUACUUAAAGAGGCCCUACACACCGAACUCCUCACAGUUCGAAGGAAAUCCUCACCAAAGAAUGUCGAUGGAAGAAAGCGGCAAGGGCAAUAAGCCCCCUAGAAGAGGAACUUCGCGUAGAAGUCCCGAGCCUUCAUUGCGGAGAGACGAUCAGCAUAAACGACGCUCCCGAAGCCGCACUCGAGACCCUGAGCGAGGAAGGUCGGUCCGAGGACGAAUUGACACCAUAUCUGGAGGCUUCGUUGGAGGAGGGGCAUCAUCCUUUGCUCGCAAGAGACAUUUGAGGAACUUAAAAACUGUGCACAUGGUAGAUCGACAACCUCGAUCCAUACCAAACAUUACUUUCACCAAUGCAGAUUUCCACGCCCCCGAUCUGGAUCAGGAUGACCCCAUGGUCAUCACUGCCGAGAUAACACGAUAUGAUGUCAGUAAAGUGUUGGUUGAUCAGGGCAGUUCGGUCAACAUCCUAUACUAG